UCAGACGGUGAUCAGCUGACCUGUCAAAAUAUUACGCAGCCCGUGUGGGUAUGUUUGUGUUUGUGUGUCUUUUAACUACACGUUGAAGACAUGGCAGCCAAGAUGGAGCUUGCACCUCUCAGACCGUGGGAUGAUUUCUUCCCCGGAGCCGACCGUUUUGCCAAACCAGAGUUCGGAGAUUUAGCAAAGUGGAACAACAGAGUGAUCAGUAAUUUACUGUACUACCAGACCAAUUAUUUUGCCGUGGCCGUUGUGGUUUUUAUCAUUGUGGGGUUCCUGAACCCAUUUGGCAUGUUCCUGGGAGGAACUGUGGUGACUCUGGUCUUUGCGGGUUCAGUGUGGGCAGGAGAGAACAAGGCCCCCAUCAAGAACUUCAAAAGGAAGAACCCCACCCUGUUUGUCAUUGGGGUUAUGGUCACCAGCUACUUUCUGCUGUCACUGUGUGGUGGCGUCAUGGUAUUCAUCUUUGGUAUCACCUUCCCUUUGCUGUUAAUCCUGAUCCAUGCCUCCCUGAGACUGCGCAACAUGAAGAACAGACUGGAGAACAAGAUUGAAGGUGUUGGGCUGAAGAAGACACCCAUGGGAGUCAUCAUGGACCUCCUGGAUCAACAGGAAGAGAAAAUUAACAAGAUUCAGGAUUUUAUUGAAAGCAAACUGAAGGAGUAAGGGAGUGCCAAGGGAAGUAAGUGUCACACAGUAUGGAUUGAAAUUUUCAUAGCAUCGUCCCAUGUGUCAAGUUUUUAUCCCCCCUAUAUAUGUAAAGUUACUGAAGUUCGCAUUCCCAUACUUUUUAUCUAUUUACAUUAUUCUCUUAUACAUUUGUAUUAGUUUAGAAUGUCUAAAGCGUACAGAUGGUUACUUACAAGAUUAUAACAAGAUUUGCACAAUCACCGUGUGGUCUGGAUGUUAAGAGGCAAUGGGCACUUAAGAUUACCAAAGGUUUGAUCAUUCCUGUUUCAAUAAAUGUUCCACAAGCAAAUCAUUUCCCUUGUUGACAACGCACUUUGUUCUAAAAGAUGACUGAGUAUUUAUUUCAGCAAAAUAAAGCUGAAUGUUUCAACACAAUGCAGUUAUUAGAUACUAAUUCUAUUUAUUCUAAAAAAAAAAAUUAAAAAAAAAAAAACGAAACCAGAUCAUUUCAGUUUGCUACCUCAAAACAAACAUGUUAGAUUUUCUUCUGGCCAAGUAGACCCAACACCCAGUGAACAGUUAACCGCUUAGUAAACAGCAAUAACUCUCAUCUGGUUAUUUCAGGAGCUGUAUGAAGACCGAUCUGACACCAGUUAGCUUGUAAUGUAAAACAUGGUUAUAUGACCUGACUUAUAAUCUUGGAGUUGAGAUAUUUCUGUUGUCAAAAGAUUAUGUGCAUACAGCUCCGGACCAUACAAGCUGUCCUGAGUGUAUCCCCUCCGACCACAGCUAUGCAAUGUUGGUAAAAAAAAAAAAGAAGAAUGGCAAGUGCAGCUUUAUUGUUGAAUAUUAUGUCAUAUUAUUUACAUGUUUGUUGUUAUUUUUGAUGUGUCUUUAUUUUCAUAAUAUAGCAUGCAGAAAUGUAUAAAAUGGUUGCAGGAUACAGAGUACAUAAUUAUGGCAAUGAGGCAAAAAUACUGAUUAAAUUGACAUUUUAACUUUAAUUUACCACUGUUCCCUCAUCAUUGGUAAAUACUGGACUAGAGACACCCUGUGCUGUUUUCCCAUCAAAUCCCCUUUCCUUGUAAAAAAAAAGCUCAAUUAAAUCUAUCAUCUGUAUUGUUAAGUGUUUAUUUGAUACUGCUACUCCUAAUAUUUAAGCAGUUGUUUCCUGUUGCUUUUCUCACCUUGACUGCAGUUUGUGCAUGCUAACUUCACAAAUGGCAGUUUAAAGAGAUCGUUUAUGUUACAUGAAUGCUAUAUUAUAGAUUAUCAAAGUUUUUAUUUGACUUUUUCAUUCUUGAAACUGAACUGGGCAUAAAACAUGGCGGUCCUCUAUAAAAAAAAUAAAUAAAGAAAACCUGAUUUA